CUUCAUUCUUGAGUACCGAAUCUUAAUGGAUUCUUGUUUUCCUGAAACACUUAAACAAACGUUAAGCUCUUAUAUUGUUUGUUAACAUCAAAACAUGAGACUUAGCAAACCAAGGCUAACACCUGCCCCUCUUGCCUUCACUGAUAAAAGUACUGCUGAAGAUAAAAUAGUACAUGAGAGAUGGGAGAGGUGCAACAGAAUGACUCUUAUGCUCAUUAAAAAUUCCAUCAGCAUAAUCAUCAGGGGAGCUAUUCCAGAUUCAUCUAAUGCUAAAACAUAUCUAGCUUCUGUGGAGGAACAAUUCAAAGCAACUUCUAAGGCACAUGCUAGUACCCUCAUUUUGAAGAUGGUGACUACAAAAUAUGAUGGGAAUAGCGGUACUCAUGAGCACAUCAUGAUGAUGAACAACAUGGCCCGUAAGCUCAAGGGAUUAGACAUGGAGAUCAGUGAAGGUUUUCUGGUGCACUUCAUAAUGACUUCUCUUCCUGCAUCUUUUGAAGCUUUCAAGGUCAACUACAACACCCAGAAGGUCAAGUGGUCGAUGAAUGAGUUGAUUGCUAUGUGUGUACAAGAAGAAGAGCGUUUGAAGCUGGACAAACCGGAUGUGGCUUACCUCAUGACCGCUAACCCAAAGAAGAGGAAGGGCAAUGUCGAUAAGAAGGAUGUUUCUAAAGUCCAGAAACGUGAUGCAAGUGCUUCUUCCGGCUCUAUGAACUCCAAAGGGAAGUCUUACUGCAAGUUCUGCCGCAAGGAAGGACAUAGACAGAAAGACUGCCAAGACUUUAAGGAGUGGCUGACGAAGAAAGGCAAUCAUCUUUACAUGAUACUUGAGUCCUUUAAUUUAAAUGUUCCAACUAAUACAUGGUGGUUUGACUCUGGUUCUAUGGUUCAUGUAACCAACUCAAUUCAGGGAUUCCUUACAAUCCAGAAGCUCGAAAGAAACCGAAGAACACUUAAGCUGGGGAAUGGAACAGAACUAGCUGCCGAAGCUGGUUACAGGUUUUAUUGUCCUUCCCACGUCACCUGCAUUGUAGAAACCAAACAUGCUCAUUUCCUUGAAGAUUUUGAGGUUAGUGGGAGCAGUGAAAACCCUUAUGAUGAAUUGCUAGAAGUACAAGACGUGGGGGGGAGAGACUUGUCGAUUACUUUACCUCCAAUUACUCCUCUUGUACUCAAUGCCAAUCCGCAGGACACUGCACCUCCUCCUAUUCCAAAUGUACCUGGAAAUGAAGACACCUCAAAUGAUCACCAUCAAGACAAUGCCGCCAAUGCUCGAUCCGAAAAUUUGCUCAGGAGGUCAUCUAGGUAUAAAAGACCUACUAACUUUGAUGAUUAUGUUACCUACCUGACUGAAGUAGAAAUGGAUGCUGGAAAGUUUACUGAUCCUACCUCUUAUAAUGAAGCCAUUAACAGUGAUUAGUCUUCUGAAUGGAAUAAAGCCAUGAUUGAAGA